AUGUUUACUCGACUCUUCCGAAAUGUAGUUGCGUCACACCUAAAGCACUGUAAAACAAACACAAACUGUAGAAAAUACUCAACAGACUUAACACAUAAAUUUAUUCCAACCAAGGAUGUGAACUUUCGAAGAAGUAAACGGAAGGAUAUAGUGACUUUAUCGCAAAAGGCGCUGGGUCGCCUGUAUGAAAUAAUUUCAAACACCAAUAAGGUGGUAUACCUGUGUUUGCGCGUUAAGGGGUGUAACGGCUACGUGUAUGAGAUGAAAUUGGUGGAGGAUUCAAAGCUCAAGGAGAUGGACGAGCGGGUUUACGACAAGGACGGCAAGUUGGUUCUGGCAAUUGAAAACAAGGCGGCCUUCUACCUCCUGGGCAGCAGCAUAGACUACGGGGAGGACGAGUUGUCCGAGGGAUUUACGUUCGACAACCCGAAUGUCACGUCAAAGUGUGGCUGCGGCAAGAGCUUCAAAUUUUAA